AUGGAGCUAAGAAGUAGACGGAGCGCAGAGGCUUAUCUUGUCACGCCUGAAGAACCUGCCAAGACAAGAAAUGAAACAACCAUGGAGUCCAAGGAUACGGUUACUGGUAGGGAAGUAAGAAGCGGGAGUACAAGUGUAUUUAGUCCCGCUUACUCUGACAUUCCUACCACUGAAUCGACCAAAAAAAUUGAUGACGGUGAAUACUACAAUUUUACCAGUCACUUCAUGCCAUCUUUAAAGAAUACCAGAGAGCUGGAAGGUACAAUACUUAGCCUCAUACAGAGGAUAAAGGAAGGCGAUAACGAAACACUGGUAAGCGAGAAAGAUCUCAUAUUGAGUGUGCUCAAUAGAUCGUUGGCAUCCACGUCUCACUGGAUGUUACAGGCCCAGCUAUCGGAAUUAAGAGCCACUUCAGAGGGCAGAUAUGCAGUGGAAACGAACCUUUUGAAGAAAGAGGUGGAGUUUCUGAAAAACAAGACCCCGAAGACCAGCAAAGAAACGGGUUUCACGAAGUUGAAAUCACCUACCGAACAACCUUCGAAACGUAAGUUGUCAUUGCCAGGGCUGGCGCAAAGACCUUUCUCCACCGACGCUAGAUUGGAAGGCCAGCAUGGAAGUGCUCCGGAAAACUCAUGGAAGGCCAAAGUUCCAAAACUCCCUUCUGCUCCUAGAUCAUCUUUGAACGUUUUUCCCCAAAGACCUUCGACGGGCACAGAUAAGAGUGAGGAAGAUGAAAAAGCGGAUACGUUGGAACUUGUGGAGAACAAUAAACCACAUCCGAGGAUGAGGAGAAGAAGCGAUAACCCAGCCACAAACGAGUACGUGAGAGUUUUUCACUUGGAGAAGAAGGAAACUAAAUCACGAAAAAAAUAA